CGCUUGGUUUGCUCACGGAGACAGAGACAGACAGCGACAGGCAGAGCUACAGAGCGGUACACACCAAAAGAGAACUGCUCAAGAUACAAGAGGAAGCUACAAGAGACACGGAGAGCAGCCAAUACUUAACUUACAUUGAUGCAGGAUAUGGCCAGGUUAGAUGUCACAGAGAUGUUUCACGGUAUUUCGUUCCCUGGACACCUGCACACCCAGGAAUCCUUACAACUUGCUCUCAGAUUUCCGUUUCGGGACACGGAUGUUCUCAUCGUCUCCUACCCGAAGUCAGGCACCACAUGGAUGCAGGAAAUUUUGACUCUAGUAUCGAGCAGAGGGGACCCACAUCUGAACCAAACUGUUCCAAACUGGACCAGGGCUCCCUGGCUGGAGCAAUACUACAGUGCAGCUGUACUGGAGGCCUCAUCAGCCACACAACGCACCAUCACCACCCACCUGCCUCAUCACCUGCUGGGCCCUGCCCUCCAGGGCUCCAAAGCCAAGGUCAUCUAUGUGAGCAGAAACCCCAAAGACGUGGUGGUGUCCUUUUACCACUUCCACAAAAUGGCCAACUUUCUCCCUGGCGCUGGCACGUUUGACGAGUUUUUAAAUAGAUUCCUCGAGGGCACGCUGAACUUUGGCUCCUGGUUUGACCACAUCAAAGGCUGGACCAGUCAGACGGCGUCUAUGGACAAUCUGCUUCACGUCACCUAUGAAGAGAUGUCGCUGGACCUACAUGGUGCCAUAAGGAGGGUCAGCUCUUUCCUACAGUGCCCCCUGGUGGAGGAGGAGGUCAACAAGAGUGUGCAACAUUGCAGCUUCGCCAGCAUGAAAAAUAACAACAUGGUCAACUACACCCUCAUCGCUCAUGAGAUAAUGGACCAUAGCAAGGGCUCCUUCAUGAGAAAUGGUAAGACUGGUGAGUGGAAGAAGAUGUUCACAGAGGAGCAGAAUCAAUAUUUCGAGAGCGUCUUCAAGUCCAAGAUGCACGACUGCACUGAGUUUGUGUGGGAGGUGCAGGAUCAAGAGGAGACGCACGCUAAAGAGCACAUUUCUCUAUAGUUUAAACCGUAACAGCUGCAUAAAUCCACGAGUAUGCAAUAGAUUCAGUCCUAAAUAACAUAUUGUUUUUAACAUAAUCGUACAGGGGCACUUUAGCAGUGUGUUUCUAUGCCUCUUAGUAUUUCUUGCUGUCUUACUUUCAUUAAUAAGUAUAAUGUGACAUUUGUGAUGGUGCAUUCAGUCUAAUAAAUGUGUGGAUAACUCUCAAA